GGCAAUGUCUGGCUAUUUCCUAACUUCCCGCCUAUAAAACGCUCGUCUAAUUUCACCGUCUCAUCCACCGGAAAGUCCGUGUAGGCUUUGAUUUUCCGGCGAUCGGAGAAAUGAGUUACGAGUCAGACGGCCUUCGAAGGAAGAAGCCGCCGGAGCGGCGGAUGAGGGAGAUUGAAGUGUUGAUCCACUCGGCGCAGGACCUGAAGAAUGUGAAGCAUGUGACCAAGAUGAGAGCAUACGCGGUGGUGUACGUGGAGCGGGAGCACGUGGCGAAGACGAAGGUGGACGAAGAGGGAGGCGUGGACCCGACGUGGAACGAGGUGGUGAAGGUGAAGUUUCACGAAGACUUGUCGGAGGAUGACGUCAUGUCAGCUCUCAACGUCGAUAUAUAUGCUCACGGGCACAUCAGGGAGAAGCCGGUCGGGAGUGCGAGGGUGUUGCUGUGCGACGUGCUCAAGGGCGGAGACGCAUCGGAGCCGGCGGAUAAUCCGAUUCAGUGCAUGGCGAUUCAGGUGUGGAGGCCGUCCGGGCGGCCGCAAGGGCUGCUCAAUCUCUGGGUCCCGCCCACCGGUAGGUUUCUUAUUAGGCGGGACUCGUUGUCUUUUAGCGUGAAGGACGAGGUAGUUGCUCCGCCGUGACGGGAUAUGCUCCUCACAAAUGGGCGCCUCACACGGGAGAUGUUCUCAAUGCAUGGUAGGAUCUGCGUGUGAGGCGCCUGUGAGGCGCCAGUUGUGAGGAGCAGAUCCGGUCUCUGCUCCGCCGCAGGUGGCGGAGAAUCCUUAGGGCGACGACCGAGAGUGAGAGCGGGGCUGGGGGAUUGCUUGUCGUUUCUGGCCAGUGCCAAGAGGAUAAGUUAGGAGAAUACUUAUAUGAUGGUUCAUAGAGGUACGGUAUUAGAUAGCUGCAAUUCAAUCCUAGCCGUGGUCAUUGGAUCAAUUUAAUAAUGUAAAUCAGUAUUCAAUAUUCAAUUCUAAAGAAGUAUUUCCAUUUUUAUGA